CCUCUGACUCCUCUGUGCUCGUUCAUGCUCCACCUGUCCCCCCUGUCCUGGUCCUGCAGGUGUCCUCUCUGAGUCCUCAGGCGGAGGUUCGGGCGCUGGUGGAGGGUCAGUUUAUGUCCAGGAGACUCCACGCUGAGAGGCUGGGCUACUCCAUCAUUCCAGGAACCAGAGUGUUGGCAACAGGCGGCGCUUCAUCUAACAAAGAGAUUCUGCAGGUUCUGUCUGACGUCUUCAACGCUCCGGUUUACACCAUCGAUCUGUCCAACUCCGCCUGCCUGGGGUCGGCCUACAGAGCUCUGCACGGCCUGGUUGCAGAAUCUGGAGUUUCCUUCUUGGAUGUGGUGAAGAACGCACCGGAACCACAACUGGUCGCCACCCCGGACCCUUCAGCGCCGGAGGUACACACGCACAC